AUGAAAAGGAAGCAAACUAGUCCGCAGCAGAAACCCAACCCUUCGAAGCAGACGAAGAAGAAGAAGCAGAACCCUCAAACACAGUGUAUCGAUGUCCCAGUAGAAGUCGUAGAAGCCAAACCUUGUGAUAAAAAGGAAACAGCUUUAGGUAUUGUUUCCGAAGUGGGCCCAUGGAAGAACCUUGAGCUUAUACUUUCGUUACAGAGCAAUGAAUUGAGCGACAAAGAGAAGAUGGAGUUGGCUUAUAGUUUUGUGGAAGCAUAUGCAGGAGAGAAGGAGAGUGAGGAAGAGUGUCAAGCGGUUACGAUAUCGCGUCUGGUUAUGUACCUAAGCGACUGGAUCCAGUCACUGUUUUUCUCUAAAGAACAGAAUUUUCAAGUUAAGGCUGAGAUAUGUUUGGACUUCAGAUGCUGGAACAUUCUCAGGUUCUGCUUGAAGCAGUCUUCAGUCCUGCACGUCUCUAUUAAUUCGUCAAGGUACCUUUUGAAGGCUAUAGGGUUUAUCGCUGGAGAUCUUUUAUCUGCAUUGAACAAAGCUUUGUCUUCAGGGGUUAGUUUCGGUGAUGGUCAAGGUUUUGAAGGUUUCAGCUCUGUGGUUGAGUGUGUAGAGUUGCUGUUUUCAUCGAAAAGUGGGCUUUUCAAUGAUAACUUCGACUUGUGGUUUUCAGCUGUUGAGCCUGUUUUGAAGCUCACGCAUAGAGUUCUUGCAGAGAAUAUCAAAGACGGUGUCGCUGAUGGAUAUGUACUUAAAUUCUCUUGCUUGGUUCUUGAGCAGUUCUCUAAGUUUAUGGUUCAACCAACUAAGAAGAAUGGGUUUCAAGAUUUCGUGGAGAAGCUUGUUGAGCCAUUACUGAGUGUAUUGGGUUUAUUGUUAACCAGCGAGGACAAAGAUCAUGGUUUAGAAACGACCUUGUUGAAGUUGAUUCAAGAAAUAUUAUCUAUGGGUUUGUUUCAUUCAUCUCAUAUUGAUGGGUUUUUAGGCCUAGGCGGAGUGGAAAGGUAUUUGCCAGAAUCGAAUGUGAACAAAACCGUUCUGAAAAGCUACCAUCGGCAUUUUUUCACCAAGUUUGAGAACAUGUUACUGAUGAAGAAGGAGCUGGAGCUGAGUUGUAUGGGGUCAUUGUUUAGUUUGUUUAUAAACAGAGUGAUGAAACAGCAAAGAGAUUCGAAUCAGCUGCAAUCUAAAAAGGCCGAAGUAAAGCCGGGGCAGCAGCGCAGCGCAGCUACAAAUGAUAAUGAGUCUUCUGCAAAGAGUCAUUCCUCAAGUUUCCUCCGUUGGGAGUCACGGAAAUCACUUUUUGAUUUCUUCCUGCAUCUUAUGGAACCUAUAUUGCUGAAGAUCGAUGGACAUGUUGAAUCUAACUCUGACGUUGCAUCUCUAUUAGCUGAUUUCUGCUGUUUGAUUAGGUCCGCAAAUAGUUUGCUCUUCCACUUUGCUCGUGAGAGAAUAUACGUAAAGACAGAGGAUGCAUCCGAAGGAGCUUGCUUUUGUUUCUUGAAGAAAAUAUUCACAACAGUAGUUGCAGUUGCUUCUCAAUUACAAAAAUAUCACACGGAUUCUGAAGGUUCGAAGAUGCAUGUUUUGUUAGCCAAGGAGCUGAUAACUGCGAUAGGCUACUUGUUGCAAAUUGAAUACGAAGUUAUGGAGAAUGAUUUAGUUACUUUGUGGCUAACCAUUCUCUCUUUCACGAGAUUUACCAGUCUUUCAUCAGAGAAUGCAGAAGAUCAUUGCCAUUUGACUUCAUUGUUACUUGGUCUCGGAUGUCAGUUGAUAAAUCUAUACAGUGACCUUCGCCAGGUAAAUGUUGCUGUAUUCGGAAUGUGCAAAGCUGUAAGGCUUGUGAUACCUGCUGAUGGUGAUAAUGAGGAGAUGGUCGACAUCAGAGAGCUUCCACUCUCUACAAUAGAAAGAAGCGCACAAUCAGCGGAAAAGCUCUUGUCAUGUCAAGAUUUAAGGCUUGCUAUACAUAGAGCUAUUAAAGUUAUACCAGAAGGCCAAGCAUCUGAUUUUAUCAAGAGCUUGACUACAGAUGUAUCAGAAACCCUUGGUUGGAUAAGAGUUAGUUGCUCAGCAAGUAGAGAACAGGUAGCAGCAUUCUUGGCCGGAGCUUUGUCUGCUAUCUAUUCACUUGUUCUCGACUCGCUAACUAUUAAAACCGGGAAUAGCAUUAAAGUUGCCGAGUCCAUGAAUUCCCUGGUGAUUCUCAUCCGUCCUUACUUAACUCACUUGGUUUCUUCCGACUCAGAUUGCAUUGAAAAUUUCCUUUCUGCUGUCACUGGAAAGGGUUUGGAGAUUAUAAUCUCUGAAAAGAAUAGAGAGACAUACAGAAAGUCUCUGCGCUUUUUCAUUAUCUUCUUCUUGCGAAUUUACAUGUCUUCACGAAGCUUAUCUAGGCAAGUGAUUAGUCUUAUGCCACCGAAAAAGUCAAAAGAGAUGGCUGGUAUUAUGGGUGACUCUGCUACAGCUCGUCGCGGAAGUGAUUGGGUAAAAAAGAAAAGUUGGAACGAUGAAGGCUAUUUCUCAUGGGUCUGCCAACCUUCAGCUUCUAUUGUUGACAUCAUUAAACAAAUUUCAGCUGUUUGCCUCAAGGAUGACAGUGCAGAUUGCUCCUUGCUGGUUCAUAUAUUAUACGGUGUCGCUCUUCAGAGACUUGUUGAUUUAAACAGGGACAUAAAAUCACUUGAAUAUGUGUCACAGAUAAGUGAUCAUCAGAUGCAUGAUACAGUCCUCGAGCAUGUAUCAGUACUCAAGUGUGAAGGAGAAGAGCUUAGUAAUUUCCUUUUGGGUAACACCAUCAUACCAGGAUUUGCUAAAGUUGAAACGAUAGAUAACACUGAUGAGUCGGUGCUCAGGGCUUCUGGCAUCGACGGGAAGUGUUUGCCUGCUGUACGUUUGUGGGUUCUUAGGCAGCAUAUUGAUAUUUGGUGCCCCCAUGCAGGAAAAAAGAAUAUGAAGAACUUCCUGUCUCAGCUAAUAGGAAGUUCGGUUCCUCGUAUUUUGAACGGACUGAAUGUGCCUAAUCUUGGUUUGGAGAAUAGUGUAGACAAAGGCACUCAAAAUAAGAAAACAGUGUUGGAACAGUCUUCGUUAGGGCUUCUUUGUGAUUCAGUAUUGUAUGAGCAUGAAUUUGUUCGCAGGUGUUUGGCGCCUAGUUUUUCCCACAUACUCAAAACGACAACAGAAGCGUUUUUCAAGGACUUUACCGAAGAAGUAGAUUCACCAGCAGAUUGGUCAGAGGUGUUAAACGUGCUUGAAAGUUCAGUUGCCAAGUUUCAGUCAGAAACCUUUUUCGAGGGGCAUGUGUCGCAGCUGGACAAUGGAAAGUAUACAGCAUGUCAACAUUUGCUAAAUACUUUAUGUGGGAUGCCCAAGGAGUACAUGAAUAAGAAGUCACUCCAACUUUAUGCAAGUUUUCUUCUCGACCUUGAGAGGUUUAUAGUUUUUAGCAUGUUGAGAUGUUCGAACAAGCUGUCUCCGGGUGAUAUGCGAAACCUUUUCAGCCUGUUCAUCACUUGCAGAAAAACUUUGAAAAAUAUUGCUAUGGUUUCUUGCGACAAGGUGCUAAGAUCUACCGAGUUGCCUCUAUCUGAUAUUUCGUUACUGACUUCUUGGCUUUUCAAAUCAGUACAAGCUGUGGUUACUUGUCAAGAGAGAGUUGGGAGUGAUUUUACAAGAAAAUCAAGGGACGCACUCUUUGCUUUGAUGGAUCACACAUCAUAUAUGUUUCUAACCGUAAGUAGAGAUCAAUUCAGCAAGGCGCUCCCACUGUUUGAUGGACAACUCAUUUCAACAGAACUUUCUGAGGGAAGUGGACAAGCAAACCUUGCAUUUGAUAGCUUGAUAGUACAGGCGGAAACUCUACUAAUUUCUUUAAGGGCUACCUUCAGAGAUGAGAAUACAGUCUUUGAGUGUAAGACUCUGAUACUGAACAAGUUAGUACCCAUAUUUUCUUCUCUUAGUGGGUUGUUGUGGGGAUUAGCAUCUACAGUGAGUCACAGAGAAACGCAGAAGGGUCAUGAGAACGCCAAACUGAGAUGGAAAUCAGAAGAAUUCUCGAACCUUUCUGGCAUUAUCCAUGUGCUUAGCAAUUUUAUUGAGGUUUUCGCACAGUAUCUGUUUCUUAGUGCUGACGUGCAGCGAGAAAUUCAAACCCGUCUCAACUGGACUAGAUUGCUUGAUGGGACCGAGGGUUCAAAUGGUCGUGUGUGUGGUGACAUAGUGGAGACUAGCAGCGAUGUGAAAAAACAAAUUAUUGAGAGCUUAAUAAAGGGGAAUUCUCCGGAAGUAGUAUUGGCCCUCAGGCAUCUGUUAAUUGUUUCUGCUGCAAUAUUAAAUCUAAAUCUGCAGAUCAAAGGCAUUACAUUCUCACCCUCAUUUGUCCCUGUUCUCACAGGCAUCUCAUUUGAUCUACUCUCUGUAUUAGCAGACACGAACGAGUUACCUCUCGAAUCCUCAUUUAUAUGGUUGGAUGGUGCAGCGAAAUUUCUAGAAGAAUUAGGGAGCCACUUGUGCUUAUAUAAACGAAUGUUAAACAGAGAUCAACUCUACUCAAAGUCGAUUGAGUUGCUCCUGAAGGUGAUUGGGAAAUGCAUAUCGCUACAAGGAAAAGAGGCUACCUUGGAAUCUCACGAGACAGGGUUUGGUACUAAUGUAAUCCAUGCUAAGAAAGUGCAGUUAGAAACAAGCCGGUCUCUGAGAUUACAUUGGUUGGAAGAAUUAAAAGGGAGGUUUAGAAUGGCAUUUAAAGUGUUAAUACAUAACUCCUCAGAGGAGUCGCAUUUAAAGUCAGGACUAGAAGCUAUAGAAAGAGCACUGGUUGGAGUAUGUGAAGUGUGCCCAGCUAUCUAUAGCAUACAGACUGGAGACAGAGAUGGGGGUAGAAUCUCUGAAACUGCUGCGGCUGGUAUUGACUGUCUAGACCUAGUUCUGGAGCAUGCCACAGGUAGCAAUCGUUUGAAUGUGGUUAAAGGACGCAUUCAGGGCUUAAUGUCGGCAGUGUUUGGUAUCAUGGCUCACAUGCAGAGUCCAUUUAUCUUCUGCACAGAUGCAGUUGUUGUCAACCAGGGUCCCAAAUCUCCAGAUGCUGGAUCAGUCAUCCUCAUGUGUGUCGAAGUCUUGAUAAGAGUAGUCGGGAAACACACAUUGUUUGAGAUGAAUCCAUCUCACAUAAGCCAAGCCAUGCAUAUACCCGGAGCAAUUUUUCGUGAUUAUGGAAAUUUGUUACAUAAGAAUAAUCAGCAACAAGAUCUUCAAGUAGACCAGAAAUUCUCAGUGAGCCUGUAUGCUGCUUGCUGCCGACUGAUAUACACAAGUGUUAAGCAUCAUCCGAAAAAAACUGAGCGCUACAUUGCUACACUACUAGAAUCUGUUUCUGCGCUUGUUCAUUGCCUGGAGACAGGAGGAAACAAAGUUGGUAAGUUUGCUUCAUUUGAAGUGGAAGAGGGAAUCACAUGUGCUUGUUUUCUUCGGAGGAUCUAUGAAGAGCUAAGACAGCAGAAUGAAGUCUUUGGGCAUCAUUGUUUCAAGUUCUUGUCAACUUACAUAUGGAUCUCUUGUGGAUAUGGUCCUCUUAAAACGGGUAUCAAAAGGGAGAUAGAUGAAGCUUUAAGGCCUGGUGUGUAUGCUCUCGUAGACUCUUGCUCUGACAAGGAUCGUCAAUAUCUCCAUACAGUGUUUGGUGAAGGUCCUUGUAGGAACUAUCUAGCAGCUCUGAAACAAGAGUCCGAUUUGAAUUUCAAGUACGAAGGAAAGGUUUAGAAAAAAAUCACAAUUACUUAAUCUACUCGUCUAACAUUGUAGUAAGUUCCUAAUGGUAUUUGCUCAUUUGUUGAUGGUAAUAUACUAUACUUCCUUUCUUUGUUUGAGAGAAUAAUAAUUGAUAAUUAAGUUACGCA